CGCCCAGCUGCCCAGACAGACUUCAGGGGAACUCCCUUUAUCAUGUACUUUACCGUGGUACAUACACGGACCAACGAAGCGGUAACUCUUGAUUAGGUAGGGGUAGCUACAGCCUACACCCGUCAAACUCCAGCUAAUUCACCUUUUUUGGAUUUCAAAGUAACAUUCGACACCACCUACGUUACCGUUACCACUACCACUACCACCUUCGUCACAUGCCAGCUUUCAAUACGCAAUACGGAAUACUGCGUACCGAAUUCCAUUGUGCUACUGCGUCAUCUUUGUUAACCUACCCAGUCGCUAUGUUUUUAUUAUCGAAUGUCAAUUUCAACGCAUGAUGAACUCUAGAUUAGUACGAGACAGAGGGUUAGGAGUGCAACCAUGUCGUUGCGACCGCUUGUAUCCUCGACUGAGCAUAGGGGACAGCGCGAUGGCGAAUCCGCACCUAUGAGGACCUCGGCGCAAAAGAAUAUGGCCUCGAGCCAGCUGGAUCGGGCGACGAUGGUUUCCCCUGACUUGAGACAUAUUACAUCUACGCGCCGCCGUGUCAUUAUUCCAGACCCCGUAGCUUUUAGGUAUCUUGAAGGGGAUCCGUGUGUUACUAUCGCCGAGCAAAGUCGAGAAAUUCGAGGGUACGAGCUGUACCUAGUUGAACAAUGGGCUUGUUCCCGCCAGUCGCCUACUGUCGUUAUCGUUACAUAUACUGGGGACAACAAACACGUCGUUGUUGUAGGUGUGCUAAGUGUUCCGGCCGACGAGAAAGCGUGGUCACCAAAAUUGCGUCUCUAUUUCAAAGCUAUCCAACAGUAUCAUGCACGACCAAAAGAAACGGAUUAUGGCGAGUUGAUGGUAACAAACUUGAGUAGCUUCCCUUCUGCUUUAACCGUUAUACCGGUUCCUGACGGCGACAUCAAAAAACAUCGAAAGGAGUUUAUCGUCAUUGAAGAUCUCAAAAGGCUCGGAUGUUCUGGUCGAUCUGGCAUGACCUUGUCCGAACCCACCGGAGCCGCCAAGGCCAAGUUCUACCAGCUGUACAAGACAACCGAGAAGAUGCCGUUUUCAGACGUUGUUAUUGAGCUGGUUAAGAUUUGCCAAGUGGCUCUCUUAUUGUUUGGAAAAUUGGAGCAGGUUUAUAUUGAUGGGCUGCUCUGCGAUGUAACCGAGACUGCUAUUGGGGAUUGGUGGACCGAGUUCGGAGCUGAAUACUACAACAUAGAACCGGCGGAUGGUAUUUUAGGUCCGACGACUGUUGCUGCAUUGCUUGGAUUAUUGAUGGGCGCGCGAAAUAGGCUGAGCUACUUCGGAGCACCUGUCCCAAAAGAUGUAUUCGACAUCGACGCCACCGAGAAAGGCAUCUCUUACUUCCAAAAAUACCAGAAGCUGGAGAGGACACGCCGGUUGGAUCGGCAAACCAUGCACAAGCUUCAUACUGUGACUGCAAAAGCAGCCGCAGGUGAAGGCUGGGGCGUACAGAAAGCAGUUAAAUCGACAAUGACCGAAAUAGGCGGGAAGCGAGGCGAGAUUGUCCUUGGGAUGGUCAGCGGACGUGAUAAAGGUGGGAUUGGAGAUAUCGAGACUCUGGAUCUUGAUAGGUUCAUCAGCUUGGCCUCUGGAGAGCGAGCGAAGUGGCUAUGGUUUGGCAAGCCUAAACGUUCUACGGCUGACAAUCACGAAAAGCCUAUUCCCGAUAUGAAUAAUAUCCUAUUCGGCAAGGAUGAGCCCUCUAGUCAAGCAAAGAGGACGCAUACGACACCUUUGGAAGAAGAGACAGAAACUCGCCGGCGUGAAGACACUCCGAUCUAUUCAACUCCAGCUCCGGGGUCCGCGAUUAGCAUAGCGGAUACCCCUGGGGAUAAGGAUGCUAUCCGGCGUGGAUUCAAGAGCGUCGCUCGAGAUGCCCGUUCAGGUCUUGGACGUAUAAAGGAUGCCGUUUAUAGUGGAGGUGGUCAAAAACGUGGUCACAAUAGUCGGCUGUCAAAAGACGAAUCUUCGGAAACCGCGAUCACCGGGCCGCGGUCGUCUAUGCUAUCCGACUCCUCUACGGGGAUUAUGCCAAGUCCAAGUUCUGGUCCGGGGCCAGGUCAGAUUGGUAGGGCAUUUACUUGGAAGACUAAGCCGGAGGAGUACCUAAGCGCCAUAAGGAGGGACAGGGAGAUUCAAACUGAAUCUGCCCCGGCCUCGGUAGGCCUACUGGGGACAGAGGAAACGCCCGUUAAAGAACUACGGCCGAUGCCUAAAGCGAAUGGUCACGCGCAAAGAUCGAUAAACGAGGACUUCAAACGUGGUUCACAAGCUAUAGAGGUGCGAAAUGAAGUAGCAGCGGUGGUCGAGUCUUCAGUUGCAAACUCGGUUGUCGCCGAAAGUGAUCUUCAAGGUCCGUUCGUUGAGAUGGAGCAGCAGCAGUUCAGUGCCAUCCUACCUAGUCUAUACAGGCGUCACAGCAUCGGGGUUUCAAGGCUUCCGGAACGAUGUCCCUUGAAUGAGGCUAGAUGGGCGCGGAGGCUUUCCUUCGGAGACGCUGAAGAAGCCGUCCUCCGUUGGGAAGAGGUAAUCAGCAUCGAUCAGAACGCGAAUCCGGAUAGCAUAGAAAUGCCAGAGAAGCACGCCUACUUGACGGAACUCACGAGGAGUCUGUACGUGAAUGUUCUCGACGUUAAGCAGAGCAUUGAGCCGUGGGCCGAUUCCAAGGUUAAAUCAGUCGUGGAGUUGGAUGAUUAUUACGCGCGCCAACAAGAGGAAUUGCAAGCGCUCUACGAUCAGCUCGCCGAUGCAUACAGACAGACCAAAGAGGAUUCGCAGGAGACGAUCGCAGCGCAAAGGGCGCGUAUCACGGAAGCACUUGGAGACGUUGGAGUACAGGCGGCUAAGCUAGAGUACGAGAUUAACGCUCUUGUCUCCCGCGUCCAAGAUGUAGAGGAGGGCGUUGCGCAGUUCGAGAUACAAGUGGGCGAUGUGGAACGGAGAGCAGACGAGUUAAAGAUACAGCUUGAAACAGAAAGCUGGCUACACUGGGCGAUGCGAACGCUGACGGGAAUCGGUACGGGCCCGAACAUUACGAGACCACGGCAAUAACCUCAACAUCAGGAAUGAUUAUUCAUUGAUUAUAUUCUACCUCUUCGAAACAUGAUAACACUUGUACUGUUUGGAAGAUAUCCUUUAAUUACCUUAGGGUCUGGGAGGGGAAAAAUUAAAGGAGAGAGCAUAUAGCAUUUGGCGAAGCGAGCAUUUGGAGUUAGCAAGUCAUUAUCGUUACUUAGUAAAUUACUUGUAUAUCUGGAUACCCGGGCUGGCGUAAUAGAUUUCAGUACAUACUAUUGUACCUACCUACCUACCUUACAUAGUAUGUACCUUCUAACGGUUAGUUUAGUAUCAUCCUGACAUGGUUGAAUUUCUUUUACGACUACUAUUAGUGACAUCAAUACUUGCUCAGUUGCUCUUGUGGUGGAGUAAAAUACGUAUGGAAAAUAGGAGACCAGAUGGCACCAGCUGGGAGAUUGCCUGAC